GGUAGGUUAUAAACUAUGAUUCAUAGAUUCUACACUCAACACAGCACUGUGCCAGAGAACUGAAGUCAUUGAAGUCCAUACCUCAUGGAGGCUGUCUCCAGCGGUCCACACCGAGCCUCAGGAUUCCUGUGAGUCCAGAGAUCAUCUUUAAAAAGAAGACUAUCUUCCCUGUUGACGUUCCAAUGGGGUGUAUAUUCCAAACCUUCCCCGGCGAACACGUUAGAGGUCUUCAUCCUCUUCUGUUUCUGUCUCGUCAUCGGUGCAGCGAUAGGAGGUCUUCUACACGUCUGGAUGGUCUACAGUCUGAACUACCAGCCCUUUACCUCGAUGGUGGUGUCCAGUACCUGGGGCUGUAUAGUAGUCCUGCUGUUGCUCCUCCUCCACCCCGUCCGCUGUGUCCUCUCUAUGUCAGUGCCCUCCCUGGGAACCAAACAGGGCAGGAAGAUCCUCAUCUCCACCUCCCUGGUUAUUGUGGUGACCAGCAGCAUCCCCAACAUGACCAGGAACUUGAGCCGCUCUGUUGACAUGAUCAAGUGCUCCUCCCACAGCACCGCCGAGAGAAUCCUGGCCUCCACCAGUCAAGUAAACAACGCCCUACACGACAUGAAGAAUUUCAUCGGAAGCAUACCGAGUAUUGUGAACAGCGACCGGUUCUUGCAGAUGGAGCAGAAAGUGGAUGUCGAGGAGAUGAAGAUGGGUAUCAGAAACGCCUCGGCCAGACUGAAGGCUGAGUUCAAAGCCAUGCAGGUGAGGUGUAUCGUGUUAUUGGAAACUCACGUUGUUCUGCGGGGCAGGCCUGCCGGGUUUUGA